AUGAAUUCUGAUCAAUCUUCUCGUCAAAUUCCUCCAAAACUUCUUGACAUUUCUUGCAAGUUUGCCUCCUUGUUCAAGAAAUCUUCAAAUACUGUUGGUGUAAAUUCUGGAUCUGAGAAUAAUCUUGUUGCUUCUGUGAUGAAUUCUAGUUAUGAAGAAAACGUUGUGAUGCCUCCCGUUCCUUUAUUUGUUCGAAACCCCUCGAUUGUUGAGAUCCCUGCGAUCACUCAGUUUCCUUCGAUCACUCAAUUUUCUUCUUUUGUUCGACUACCAUCGACUGGUCUAGCUCAUUUGACGAAUCAAAAUAGAACGAUUGACCAAAUUCCUUUGAAAGAUAAUUCUUCUGAUGUUUCUAAAGUUCCUAUGUCGAAUUCUGGUUCUACGAGGGUUUUGUUGGAUCCUGCGAAAAUAGCAAAGGAUGCGAAGAGAGUUGUUUAUAACAACGGUGAACCUAGAAUGUACUGGUCAUUGGAGGAGACUUAG